GUGUAUGAAAAUAAUAAUGGAUUUAUAAAAGAUAACCUGAACAAAACCAAAAUAAGUGGGAGUUUAUUUAGUGUUAAUUUAAUUAGAGUAUGAAACAUGGUAGGGGAAAUUCAAAUAUUUUUUAAUUGGUCACAUGGAAAAUGGGUGCAAGGAGCAUUUAGAAGCAGCGAACCUAACGAGCUCAUCUAACUAAUUCCGGAAGUUUCUACGUGUAAAUGCAACAAACGGCCUUGAUCAAUCCCAUGGGAAAAUCCAACGGUCACCAUGACGCCUGUGAUUGGUGACGCUAGCCCCAAAAAACACAAAAAAAAAAAAAAAAAAAAAAAAAAAAGAAGGGGGAAAAACAAACCUGACCGGUCACCGCUUGGAAAUUUCUGGCGGCACCAAAAUACAAAGCCUGGGGCUGGGCUAAAGAAUGGGGAAUAACUUUGUCUCCUCAACUUGCCAGGAACGUAAACCGCGAAGGUUAUUUGAUUAGGAAAAAAAAAAAAAAUAAAUAAAAAAGCGUUCAGGGACCAAAAUACAAACACCUUCAACUCACGCAGAGAGAGAAAGAGCGAGAAAAUGGUGCUGUGGGAGAUCACGUUGGGAACUGCGUAUUUUUUGGGGUUGAAGCGAACUUACAGACUCGCUCUCAGGAUUCAGCGACGCCUCAUUAGCCCUAAGCAUUCCAGGGUCCGUCAAUUUGUCCACGGACGAACACGUGCUGUUUUUGAUGUAGCCCUCAAGGUUCACCGUAAUAUACAGGAGAGAGACAUAGAAGUUGGUCGGAAUCUCGGGAACUGGAUUCUACGCUGGCUUGAUCGGAUGAAACCUUCAGCUCAGAUACGGGUUCAUCCCCCUGGAAAACCACCCAAUGCUAGCUCAAGCAUAAGCAGGACAAAGCAGGCAACCAACAAUUCCUCCCAACUGAAAAGAAAUGGAAGCAUCCACACAUCUAGAAAUCGGGAAUCUGAUAGGCAUCUAUUUACCAGCUCGAAGAGUUUGUGGAAUAGUAAGCCCUUUCCUACCAUUUCAAUGAUGACGAGACCACCAAAGCCUGCUGCUGGUACAAUGACUCAGUAUAGGCACUUGUUCACCAGUGGUCCUGAAACUGUAAGAACAUUGAACCACCCCGGAGGUGGGUUCAGAGGAGUUGUCAUUCGGAAUGAUAUUAGGCAGUGGAUGCUGCAAAACUGAAGAAGUGAAAGAUAGAUGGAUCUGUACUUGCUGCUUUCUAAUGGAGCCGAAGCAUGAAUUUUGGUUGUAUUUUUUAAGCAUGUUGCUGACAUUUUUAUUUUUAUUUUUACUUUUUUUCACACAGAUAUUUAUCUGUCUUUGUUCCUUAAUUGACCUAGGAGUUGUUCCUGGGCAUCCUCAAAAGGAAGGUUCUUUUUGUAUAUUUCUUUGGACAACUUUCUGGAGUAAGUUUUUGACGUUUCGAAAUACAAGUGUGUGUAUGUAUAUAUAUAUAUA